UGAGGGAGGAAGAUGGCGGGCACUGACCGUUCCCGGUCCGAAGCUGCGAAGCAGCGGCGGCAGGAUCAGCUGCAGCGGUGGCGGGGCUCGGAGACCGAGCGGACCGGAGCGGAGGCGAGGAGCCAGGGCCCCGCUCCCGGGAACCGACGGGCCAGAGUGCGCUUCGCCCAGGGAGCGGUGUUCAUGGCCGCCUGCUCCGCCGGAGACCGGGAGGAGGUCGCGGAACUCCUGAGACAGGGAGCGGAUAUCAACCACGCCAAUAUCGACGGUCUAACGGCGCUGCAUCAGGCCUGUAUUGAUGAAAAUGCAGAAAUGGUUCAGUUUCUGGUGGAGAGCGGCAGUGAUGUGAACAGAGGAGACAAUGAAGGCUGGAGGCCUCUCCACGCCGCGGCCUCCUGCGGCUUCAUCCAGAUCACAAAGUACUUGAUUGAACACGGCGCUCAUGUAGGAGCGGUGAACAGCGAGGGAGAACUUCCUCUGGACGUGGCCACAGAGGACGCCAUGGGGAGGCUGCUGAAAGCAGAGAUCAAAAAACAGGGUAUUGAUGUGGAUCAGGCCAGGAGAGAGGAAGAGCGAGUGAUGCUGCAGGAUGUGAUGGCCGUGUUGGCAGGAAGUGGCUCUCUGCUCCCUCAUCCGAACACUCAGGCUACAGCGCUGCAUGUCGCUGCUGCUAAAGGAUACAUCGAGGUGUUAAAGGUGCUGUUGAAGUGUGGGAUAGAUGUGGACAGUCGAGACAGUGAUGGAUGGACGGCUUUUCACGCGGCGGCUCACUGGGGACAGGAAGAGGCCUGCGUUCUGCUGGCUGAACACAUGUGUGACAUGAAUGCCGUCAAUAACGUGGGCCAGACUCCACUCGAUGUAGCCGAUGAAAACAUUGUUGAUAACUUGGAAGAACUGCAUAAGAAGCAGAACGCUAUGCGUUUAGAGAAACAGAAGAUCCAGACGCCCGUCAUUGAGACCAGCCCACCUGUUUCCACGGCACCAGCUCGCCCUCGCAGGACGUCCAUCUCUCGUAUGAGCAGUAGAGAGAAGAUCACCCUUCAUGAGCGAGAGAAACUUGCUCCGCCCACACUCCAGACUCCGCCCACAGAAGAAGACGAAGACGAGUCGACGCGCACAGCCGGCCAAUCAAAACCCUCCAGCAGCUCCAGUUCAGAGGAAGACAGCGAAUCAGAGAGUGACGCCGAGUCAGAAAAAGCAAAAACUCGAGAAAUGAUCAACAACUUGAACAACAAACGCAAUGCAGCGUCCUCCGUGAGUUCUGUGAGCAGCACUGCCCUUAACCAGGUUAAACAGGCUGAACCUGUCCGGACCCCGGUGACUGAGGCUCCAGGUUCCUGGAGAACGUCUUUGCGUAAAGCAGGCAGUUCUGUGACCCUGGGCUCUGCCGUGACCUCUGACCCAGCCAGCGAGGCCCUCAAGGACCCCGAGACUAAACUGGGAAUGUCACGCUCUGCAUCCAGUCCCAGACUGAGCUCUGAAUCUGACAAUAAGGAGCCCAGGUUGGCCCGUGUUCAGCCCACUCCGUCCAGACGCCUCUUCAGCAUCUCUGACACCAGCACUAACCCUGAACACUCCAGCAGCUUGCUGAGCCGGAGCUCUUCAUACACGCGUCGAUUGAACAGCCAGUCCAGCGGUGAGGUGUCGGCUCCGAACCCCUCUUUACCUCGCAGCUCAUCUUAUGGAAGGAAACUUGACGACCCUUCAGUGACCUCUGUAACCACGGCGACCUCGGGACUGAGUCGCCUCAAUAACCUAAUAGCUCAGAGGCUGGCUCAGGAGGAGGCUGAAAAGAAGGAGCCUGUCCCGAAUUCUGUAACCACAAGCACAUCAGGCGAGCCAGAAACCAAACAGAGACGCAAGUCCUAUCUGACUCCAGUGCGUGAUGAAGAAGCAGAAGCUCAGAGAAAGGCCCGAUCCAGACAUGCGCGUCAGUCCAGACGCUCCACACAGGGUGUUACUCUCACAGACCUGCAGGAAGCGGAGAAGACGAUGAAGACGGAAAACAAGGAGAAGGAGAAGAAAGAAGAGGAGGAGAAAGAAGGGAAGCAAAAGAAGGGAGAGGAAGGGGAAGUGAGCUGGCGGUCUCGUAUUGCUAACCUGCAGAAGUCAGAUUUGCUGGGACUCACACUCCCUCCUGGUGCUCCACGUCCCGACAGACAGGAUGCAGACAGUGAGGAGCGAGCGAUGGAGCGCAGGAGAGCCAGAGCUCGGAGGAGAGGGAAAACCGGAGAGAGCGAUGACAAUGACCCCAGUGGAGAGGAGAGUACUGGUGGGCGGGACCCACAGACAGACAGACACACGAGCAGCAGGUCUGAUUCGGUCUUGAAUGAUUGUAUUCUCACGAGAGGAUCAGAGUGCAGGGACUUUAAGAAGAUGUUUGAGGAGAUGUCCAGAGAGAACCGCCAUCUGCAGUCACAGUUAUCAGACACACAGAGAACCAUUUCACUGACCCGGGUGGAUCUGGAAAAGGCCACACAGAGGCAGGAGAGAUUCACGGACUGCACAGCUCUAUUGGAAAUGGAAAAGAAGGAGAAAAAGAUGUUGGAGAGGCGUGCCUCUGAGUUAGAAGAAGAGUUGAAGGUUUUAGGGGAUCUGAGAGCCGACAACCAGAGGCUGAAGGACGAGAACGGCGCGCUCAUCAGAGUCAUCAGCAAACUCUCCAAAUAGAGCGAGAGAGAGAGAAUCCGUAGCAUCCUUCCUUCCUGAGAGCCAGAGGAGGGAAACGAGGAGAGGAACAUCAGACGCAAGGAGCCAAUGUCACUGUGUUAUGAUGGCUCGCAGUUAGCCGUGAUCUUUUACCUUCCUGUGUGUGUGUGUGUGUGUGCUUUGAACUUCAUCCGUGUUCUCAGGGAGGAUACGACGG